UCGGCACAUACUAAUAAACAUUUAUCCAAAAAGAAACGACAUGCUGUUGGAAAGGAAGUGGUUGGCGUCGUUGCGCAGAUGUCGACUACUGUCGCACAAAUGCCAACGACACCACCACCAACCUCUUGGUGGGAGGAGGUCGGGAUGGAUGGAUUUGUGUCACUGGACUGUGAAAUGGUGACCCUAAAUCAAAAAAAUUCACAUGGAAAAUUCAUCCAAAAAGCUGCCACCGUAGGAAUUGUUGAUUGGAAGAAAGAUACAAUUUUAAAUGAGACGGUGUAUCACAAGGCAGGAAGUUAUAAAGUCAACUCAUACGCAAAGAAGAUUAAUGGUUUCGAAGGCUCUGUUUUGGAAAAAGGGAGAGAACUCUCAGCAGUUAAAGAACAAACGGAAUCGAUUAUAGAGGGAAAAGUUGUUGUAACAGCCGGGGGUGCAUCAGAUUUGUUAAGUCUUGGACUGGUACCGUCAGAUUAUGAACUAUUUGAUAUUCAAACGGUGUUUCGAAAAUGGUCAGGGCAAUUUACAAAAGCAGGGGACAAAGUUUACCAGCCGAUAAAUCUAAGAUCGUUGUAUUUCCACUAUUUCGGCGAAGAUAUUCAAUCAGGGAUUCACUCCGCUUUAACAGAUGCUCGUGCCACUAUGAGAUUAUUCCAAGAAAUUUAUCUACCAUUAGCACUAGCAAAAAAUCCAUUUUCUCGGUCAUAUGAAAUUGAGGACGGCGAGUUUGAUAAUAUUAAAAAAAUAUGAAUCGCCUUUCAGAAAUAAAGAAUACAUGAUAAAUGAGUAAUUCAA